GACAAAGUUAAUUAAUAUCGUUUUAUUAAAAAAAAAAUUAAAAAGAAAUGCCACGUGUAGGAUAUUUUCUUACCUACAAUAUUCUCGCCAUAUUUAUUACCGAGCAGCUGGCUCGGAUUGUUUAAUACGAAAACUCAUUAUAUUGUUUUGUAAUUACUAACAAAACAAGCGACGUAAAAAAACAUACUGCCGCAACGAUAGUAAAAUGAAAAGUCGAUCUAAAUAAUUUGCCGAGUGGACAAACAAACAAAAACAUAACAUUUGAUAUGGGCGCUGCUUGCGAGCCUCAUAAUUAGAAGGAGUGUAAAAAAAAUGAGAUGCGUUCCGUUGUGGAUUUUCUCAGCGGCCGUGCAAUGUUGCCUGUGUCAAUACUUUUAUCUCCCGAAUGAAAACAAGGACGUCGAGAGACAGUGGAAUGAAUUUAAGGAAAGAUUCAACAAAACCUACACCGACUACCACGACGUAUAUAAAAAGGAAGCGUGGUUGGCGAAUUUAAAAAAAAUUAAAAAACACAACGAAGAAGCUGCCAAGGGAUUACAUACUUAUUUUCUAUUGGAUCACAAUUUAGCCGACCUGACGCCUCAGUCGUAUCUACAGAAAAUGGUUAAAUUAACAAAAAGUAGACACCGGAAAGUCGAAGCGGAAACUGUAGGAGAUUUCUACCAUAAAUACAACCACGUCCCAGAAGAAGUGAACUGGAUCGACAAGGGAUUCGUCACCCCUACAUACAACCAAAAGGACUGCGGAUCUUGUUACGCAUUUAGCAUCGCUGGAGUUCUACAGGGACAAAUAUUUAAACAGACGAAUAAAUUGGUGCCUUUGAGUUCUCAACAAAUAGUGGACUGCAGCGCAGCAUCUGGAAACUUUGGCUGCGGAGGCGGCUCUUUACGUAACACUUUGAGAUACUUGGAGAAUACCGGGGGCUUGAUGGCUUAUAGUGACUACCCUUAUGUAGCAAAACAAAGAAGGUGUCAAUUUGACAAGCAUAUGGCUAUAGCGAAUAUAACAUCAUGGGCCGUCUUGCCGGCCAGAGAUGAAAAAGCCUUAGAAGCGGCUGUGGCGAAAAUCGGUCCCAUCGCUGUGUCCAUAAACGCCGCGCCCCAUACUUUUCAAUUGUACCAAGGUAUCUACGACGACCCUGUAUGCACUUCGAACACAGUCAACCACGCCAUGUUGAUAGUGGGGUAUACAAAAGAUGCUUGGAUUUUGAAGAACUGGUGGGGGAAGCAUUGGGGAGAACAGGGCUAUAUGAGGCUGAAACGGCACAAAAACAGAUGCGGCGUUGCCAAUUAUGCGGCAUACGCCAUGGUCUAACUGUUAAAUAAUAAUCAAAACAACAAUAAUUUUGGUUUUUCUUAGACGGAUGCGGAACAUUUUUUUUCAUGAUGGCAUACAAAGACUAGAGAACAAAAACGCCAAAAAACGAUGAGGUUCAAAAUUCGGGAGAGCGUUUUUAAAAACAUUUAUUUAUACAGAAAGUAAAAUAAAGUUUUAUUCGAACUGUCCGUUACAAAGGUUGGAAUAAUUAAGAGCGUAUUGUACAAUAUUACAAUCGAAUAAAUACGGCUUUCGAUGCGGUGUCAGUGAUGCGUUAUCUUCGCUGAGAUUUGGGCUUAGUCUGCAGUUUGGGCAUAUAACUCCUCCCUCC